AGCAGAGCAGCACCAAGAUUUGGGAAGGGAACUGGAUUGGACGGACGUGUAGCCAUUUGUUGUUUGGUUGUGGUAUUUUUAUAAGCGUUGGGUAUUAGUGUUAUGCCCAGCUCAAAAUGUUUUUCUAUUAUACGAAACUUUACAUUGUUUAAGUUAAAGUGAAUAACGAGUUAUUUUAGGUGAUAUCGUGGUAGUUUCCGUCAAAAACUAGUCAGAAGUUUCUAUAAUUCAUGAUGAAGCUAGUAGACCAAGUGGUUCGUAGUUUUAAAGUUGCUAAGGUGUUUCGUGAAAACACAGAUAAAAUAAACAGUAUUGACUUUUCCCAAAGUGGAGACACUCUCAUUUCUUGUAGUGAAGAUGAUCAAAUUGUGAUUUAUGACUGUGAAAAAGGGACCUUGAUGAAGACGGUUAACAGUAAGAAGUAUGGUGUAGAUUUAAUCCAUUUUACACAUGCUAAAAAUACAGCUAUCCAUAGUUCCACCAAAGUUGAUGACACAAUUAGGUACUUAUCUCUACAUGAUAACAAGUACAUUCGGUAUUUUCCUGGACAUACUAAGAAAGUAGUGUCAUUAUGCAUUUCUCCAGUUGAAGACUCUUUUCUCUCAGGAUCAUUGGAUAAGACUUUGAGAUUGUGGGAUCUAAGAUCUCCCAACUGUCAAGGAUUAAUGCAUGUGUCAGGUCGGCCAAUAGCAGCUUAUGAUCCUGAAGGACUAAUUUUUGCUGCUGGUGUAAACUCUGAAGCAAUAAAACUGUAUGAUUUACGAUCAUUUGACAAAGGCCCAUUUGUUACAUUCAAAGUUUCACAAGAGAGAGAGUGUGACUGGACUGGGUUAAAAUUCAGUAGGGAUGGAAAAACUAUUUUAAUUUCUACAAAUGGCUCUAUCAUUCGUCUUAUUGAUGCAUUUCAUGGGACUCCUCUCCAGUCAUUUACAGGGCAUUUGAACAAUAAAGGAAUACCAAUUGAAGCGUCAUUUAGCCCUGAUUCUCAAUUUAUAUUUAGUGGUUCAACAGAUGGUCGUGUCCAUGUAUGGAAUGCUGAUACUGGGUACAAAGUUUGUGUGUUGAAUGCUGAUCAUCCAGCCCCUGUACAAUGCGUUCAGUUCAACCCAAAGUACAUGAUGUUAGCCUCAGCGUGCACUAAUAUGGCGUUUUGGUUACCUUCUAAUGUUGAAGAUUCUGCUUAAAUCUUUUAGUCUCCAGUGUAUACAUUUACAGGGUGUCACAAGUGUCAUCUGCCAGUUUUCACAUUCAACGAGCACAAACGUACUGCUCCAAACUCGUCUCCAAUGAGAAAGACCACCCGACUUUAAAUUAUUUUAAUAUUGUGUAUAAUUUAAUUUUCUCUAUAUUUAGGAGGAAUAGAAUUAAGUUAUUUAAGAUUGAGUGUUGCUUAUCGAGUCAAUAUGUGUGUCUAUAUUUUUUACGUCAUAUUAAUGUUGAAUGAAGCAUUUUACCGUAUGGUGUGAACAAAUCCUUUAUUGUGUAGUGAAUUUGUUUACAUAACACAAGAAUCAUUUCAUAGUAAGUUAAAUACCAGUUCUCAAUAUUGUUGAAAAAUAAAAUAAAAGCUAUUUUUUGAGCCUGUUUUAAGUUCAGGUUUCUAGAUUGUGCGUAAUUUGUUAGUGUUUUCAUGCAGUUGACAGAUGGUUUAAUGAAAAAUAAAAUCGUAUUUUAUAAAAUGUUACAUGGUAUUCUAAACCUGUAUGUGUUGGAUUAACCUUAAAAAUGCUGAAUGUGAAAAUAUUUUACAGCCUACUGAAUAAAAGCUAUGAUACAUCCGUGUUGGAAUUUUAAACACAAAUAGAUUUUGUAUUACUAAGCUGCUUCACAUAAGCACAACUUUUUACAUUACUUUGGUGUUGAUAAUGGAUUGUUCUAAGAUCACUUCAUCGCCAUCAGACCGUAUUAACAGAUCUAGAUUCUAUCAUUCCGCUGUGUCUACUUGGGGACUUGCCUAUACCUUUUGCACACUACCAUCCUUAACACUGUCUGUCUCAUUGUAGCAUCCUUCUGGCAUCCUAUCCUUUCCCUCAACAACACUGAUAUAUCAUUGAAGGUGGAGCUCUUCUUAUUAGAAAACAAAUUACUACUGUAAAAAAAACACAAUUAUCAAAAUUGUCUAAUUUUAAAUGUAAAAUUGGACAAUUAUAUUUUGUUUUAUAGCAAUACUAAUGAUAUAGUUUACCUAUCUAAUGACUUACCAUGCAUGUCUCUGAAUCAAUCUCAGGCACAUAUUUGUAUACGAGUCUGCAACAACAAAAUGAUAUCUAAUACUGUGGUAAACCUCCAAACAUUUCCUCUAUCACAAAUAUAUCAAGUACUUCUUGUAUUUGAAUAUUUUCCAACUGGAUAAAAGAGGACUUUGGGGUAUGGCUCAAUAUUGCUGGUGUAAUGCCUGGUACAAAUUGUAUACUCUAAACUCCUUCUGAUUGGAGUACCACCUCUCUGAAUUUCUUUUACUCUGCACAGUUCAAAGUUGCAUUACAGAUUCAGGGUUAUUUACAGCCACAACAUUGUAGUCUCGAAUUACUUCAUUGGUGUCCAUUACACCUAAACUUUAUCAAAAUUUUAAUUAUGCGCUAACAUUUAAAAAAUCUUGAUUCGUCAUUUAACAGAAGUCCAAUUUUUAAGACUAAUGUCAUCUGAAAUUGAGUUGAAAAAAAUAUAUAAUUUUGAUAGACUCAAAGGACACUAAAUUAUAUUAGUUUGAACAAAGAGAUAGCUUUUUUACAUUUAUAUAAGAAUUGAUCAUUUUACAUUUUAAUAAAUGGCUAAUAUUUUUGUCAAAAUAGUUAGUUUUGGACUAAUCGUCAUCUAAUUGUUUUUAACCCUAGAAAUUAGACAGUUGUGUUUAAGUGGCAUUACUGUGUAUACAACACAUUUACAUAAUUUCAUGUUACAAGCUUAAGAAUGUGUAAAUAUUAUCCAAUUGUAAUAAAAUUCUUAUGAUGCAAAGAUUAAGAAUAAAACUUCUAAUAAUGUCAGAUUUUAUUUUAUUUUUAGAUGUUUCUAUUAUUCUUUUAUUAGCUGCUGAUAGCUACAACAGCUGCCACGAAUUUGAUUUGAUUUAUUGCACAAUGUUUAUUUUCUUAUGUUGAUAAAAGAAUUAUUAUUUUGAGAUUGAUUACAGUCAAUCAUUACUUCAGUAAUAGUUCAUAAAAAUAUUUACAUUAUAUAAACAAUUAAAAAAUUAUCCAUGACCAUGAUAAAUGUAAACAUUGUAUACAUUUGUAUUAAAUAAUAAAUUUACAUGAAAUAUUUAUAAAAAUACUAAUUAACUCAAAUAAAAUACAUUAAUACAGUUUUUAAUAUACUUGUAUUUAAUUUGUUCUUACUCAUAAAGUUUCGUAUAAAUCAGAAUUCAGGGAUGAAAAUGUUUUGAUAUCAUUUUAAAUAAAAAUAUAUCCAACUAUAUUUUUAACCAUGUAAAUUAUAUAUUUCUGAAGUUAGCAAAACAUUUAAAAUUCUAUGCAUAUAUUAGAUUUUUCGUUGUAUUUUACAAAUUAAGUAUAAACUGAAUUUCAGGGUAAAGGAUUUUUUACGGUUUUGGGUAUUGAGACAUUAAGAAACAAUUAUAGGCUACAGUAAGUCUAAAAAUGAAUCUUGAAAUAAUUCUCCAUUUAUUUUAUGAAUAAAAUGAUGUAUAAUAUGUUACAUUUGAAGCAUUGUUUGUGAUUGAAAUAAAUCAUUUAAAACUAUAUAAAAUAUUAACCUAAAACACUGUGACACUACAGUUUGUUUGCUUGCCACUUCUGGGUUAAUUAUGAUUAAGAUUUUAAGAAAUAAGUAUGUGACUAAAAAUAGUUUCCCAUAGUAAGAUGAAUGUGUCAUUUAGAAAUUGUCCAGUGCUCAACAGUUCUUGUUUAUUUUCUUCUAAAGUUUAAAUAUUGGUCAUCUUUGAAAGGAUUCUUGAUAUGAAUACGUAACUUAUAAACCUAGUAGCAGAUGAAAGAUACCUGUUCAAUAGUUCAUAAGAGUUGUGUCUAAUGUGAAGGCUGCUAUAGUAGCAAUUUUUUAAGGUAACAUUUUAAUAGUAAGCAUUGUGUACAGCUUUUAUUUUUUUUAGUACACCGUUGUUUAUAAUAUUUUAUACUGUUAAGGAAGUGCUUAGGUAUAGUAUGAUUAAUUUUGUACUUAUUAAACUAAAUAAAUAUAACAGGAAGCUUAGAGGACAUUAUUUACUUUGUAGGGGUGGUUUUUCAGCCGUUUUUCAAUGUACAUAUAUUUGAAUUAAAUAAAAAAUUAAAUGCUUUGGGCAGUUCUGUAGAUAACAGAUUUCGUGUGUAAAUAUUUUGAAAUGUAAUAGUCUUGCGACUUCUAAUUUUGUACCUGUUGAACUUAUUGUAAAUAUUGUUAUCUUCUAUCAUUUUGUAGUAAAAAGAGUUGUUUUAAUAUUAACUUACUUGCCCACCAGAAUUAUGUUUUAUUAUUGUAAGUUCCUGUCUAUUUCAUUUGAGUAGAAUAUAUAUUUUAAAAUAUAUUAGGUUAUGUAUUCUUGGAUAUUUCUAAAACACAGUCUGAAAAAUGACUAGACUUCAAUACCGUAAGUUUUAAAAUUAAAUGUGAAUUUUAUUGUUCAAAUAUGGAGCUGCAUUAAAGUAUAUCGUAGUUUGAGAAUUUGAUUGGUUAAUUUAAAAAAAAUUACUACAUUUUGGAGUCUAUCUAGUAGAGGUCUAUGUAUCCAUUUUGGCACAAUAGUCCUAGGUUCUGAGUCUGUCAGUUCUGGAAUUAUCUGUGUAAUAAAAUCAUCGUAUUUUUAUGGGAAAUCUAUGAAGAUAAAUUUAUUACCUUUAAAGUAGUACAUUACGAGCAUUGUUCAUAUUGCAAAGGCUAUUUUGCAUUCUAGGAAGUAUGCGUUCUUAGAUCUCGGUAAAUAUUUAUUCCUACAUUAACAAUUGAUUAUGUAUUUAUUACAUAGAGAUGUUUGUCACAAAUAACAUUGGUGAGACCAUGUAACUUGAAAUUAUACCAUUAGAGAUUAGAGAUUGCUUAGUAACAAGAAAUUGGUAUAUUGGUGAAACUAUUCCUUUUCAAACCAUGUUACCAUGCAUUUCUGUAUAUUGCAAGCCAAACAUUUGUAGUGCUUUUGGUAAACGAUUUCUUUAAGAAAUACCAAAAAGUUAAGACUAACUGUUGUCAUAUAAUUCCGUUAUUCUUCAUAAUUUACACAAUUGUGCAACACAAUGAAAGUGAGGAAACAUUUAUGAUAAUUAUAUGAGAGCUCUCCACAAAAUUACCUCAAUUUGUCACUAAAAAGUCAUAUACUUUAGUCACCAACUUAUCUUUAGGUUUUAAGAUCACAGAGAGAUGUUGCAAUUUACAUAAUGAAGCCUUUCAGUUUCAUACAAAAUUAUCUUAUGAAGAGAAUUUAUUAGCUUUGAUGUCCUUGGAUAUUUUAAAUGACAGAUGGAUUGAUGAGAUGCACAUUGAUUGUUAUAGAAACAGGUUAUCUAAUAUUAUCUAAUUUCUUACAAUAUGCCAAGCCUGGGAUGUACCCAGACUUCUAGGUCAUUGGGAUAUAACAUUAUUUACAAAAAUAAACACAUCAAGAAGGAUAAAGUAAUUAUACUUUAAUUAAAAAACAGGGGAAGGUUUCAUAACACAUCUUCUGGGAUCUCCUGUUACCAAAUACAAGAUAAAAUGAAAUAGAGGUUACUUUUUAGAUAGCUCUCGUAAAGGAGAUUACAUUCCAGUAAAAAAAAUACAUCUUAUUAUUUCACAAUCUCUAAUCUCUUAAAGAUUUUACAAGACAAAUGUUUAUGCUUACCAUUUUUCAAUUCCUGUGAAAAACACAAAUUGUUUGAAAAUGUCUUGGCAUUUCAUAUUUGUAUGUUGAUACAAGUAUUUAAUUGAACAUUGAUAGUUCAAUUUUACUGAGUUAUUGAUAUUGAUUUUUCUGUUUAGUGUUAAACAUUUAUGACAACCUCUGUUGAGUGAAGAGUAAUAUUCUAGAAAAUUAAAUUGAAACCUCAGAGGAUAUCUUAUUCCAUGGUAAAACUGCAGUGUUGGAGCUAUAGUUGUAUUUUUAUGGAAAAGAUCAUUUGUUACUUACCAGGUAAUCUGAGCCUUUAGUAUUUCUAUUAAAGUGACAAGGAAGUCUGAACAAUAAACAAGAGAAAAGGUGAAGAAAUAUCCGGAAUUAACAACUAACACGUAUCAAUUCUUGAGUGGGACGUUAGUCUGGGAUUUGGAUCCCUCUACUUUUGAGGCAAAAUUAAUUAACUGUUUUAGUCAAUCAGGAUACAGUAUAACAUUUUAGGAUGUCAUAUGAUAUACUAACAGUAAUAUGAAUAAGAGUUUACUUACAACUUAAUUAUAAGUUAUUAUUAACUAUGUUUUCACACACAAAAUUAAUAUGAAUGAACAAAUGAAUAUUCUAGUAAAAUUGUGGAAUAUGUCAGAUUUUAUUUCUUACGUUUUAAUUAUAACUUUGGAAAUAAGAACAUAUUGUUUGUGUUAACAUGCAUGUUACAUAUUGUUUGUGAUAACAUGCAUGUCACAUAUUGUUUGUGUUAACAUGCAUGUCACAUGUUUAAGGCAGUUGACAAUGGAUCUAAACUGAUAAAAAUAGAGAAGUACUAUUAUUUCAUUUUACUUUAUUGAGUGGAACAACCUUGACACUAUUAUUUAAUGAAAACUCUUCGCCAAACAAUGAAUUUAAAACAUUUAUUCAUUGUAUAAUUAACAACAAUGAGUUUCUUGCUGAAAAAUGUUGGGUUUCAUUUUAUACUUCCAAACUGCAAAAUAAAUAUUCAAACAUAUUGAUAAAACAUUCUAAGUAUCUAAGCUAACCUUUUUAACCAAGUAUUUGAACAAUAAUGGUUUAUUGUCACUUUAAAGUAAUUAGUAUACCAUCUUGAAUAUGAAAAACUGCAGAGCUAAAUUAUAAAUAUUUUAGUUCAGAGAUGUCAACUGUUUUAAACUAAUUAUGUCAGUUGGUGUUGUAUGUUUCAAUUAAUUGUUAUCUGAUGAGAAAAUCACCAAACACACCUGUAACACUACCUAAUCAUUGUUGGAAGGUCGUACACUAAAACAUUUAUUUAUAUUAGAUGCUGUAACAUUGGUGUUUAAUUAUAAUAUGUGUUAAAUGGAGUUGUAUUGUAUUUUUUGCGUUCACUUACAUUGCACUAAAUGUUGCUUUUGAAGAGAUUAGUACAGUGAUGUUGUGUUAAAUGGGGUAUAAUUAAUGUUAAUAAUUGUUGCUGUCAUAUCAUCAUAUCAGUGUUUAUUUUGUUCUUUAGCCACUGCCUAAUCUAAAAUAUACUAGUCUGUCCAGUUGAAAAAUUUGUAAAUUUAGUACCAAUUGUAAUUAUUGUUUCUUCUUUUUUAUAUGCUAUUUUAUAUUUAAUUUUUAAGAGUAGCUGUUUUUGUUAAAAAAAAAAACAUUUCUACCAAAGUUGUAUCGUAUUUACUAUUUAAAAAGAUUUGAUGUUAAUAAACUAGCAAAAGGGACAAGCUUUUACUGACUAAUUAAAAUUUGACAAAUGUUAAAAAAGUGAUAUUGAUACAAAAAAACUUUCUGAUUAAAACGAAACAAGACACAAGAGUCUGACUAGAAUCAUUCCAUAUGAACUUAAAAAGCACUAAAAUUAUAAUACUUACCAUUUAUAACCUUUAUAAUACCCUCUAAAACAUAAUUAUAAAACUAUCAGCAGGAAAUUAAGUAUGUAUAAAAUUUGUAAUACGACUGUACAGUACUUUGAUAUUUAAAACUGUAACAGUAAAUAUUAUUAAUUCGUCAAAGUGCCAACUUGAAGCCUUUGAAAACGAAAGUUUAAACGUUACUUUUAUUUUAAUACUAAUUACUCUCUCUCUACUGAAUCUUAUGACAAGAACUAAACAGUCAGUACUACAUUAUAUGAAAAAAUUAACUAAUUGUAGAUACUUUUAUGACAACCUUGCUUUAAUUUCAUUAUCUCAAAUAGAAAUGUUCUCAUCAUUUUGAUAUCAAAUGUCAGAAGUAAACUAAGUAACAAUAUUGUAUCUGUAAAGAACUAGCAAAGACAAAUUCUAUAAAAAAAUUAUCUUAUGUAGUAGUAUUAAUCGUCAAGUUGUCAGAAUACGAUAAAAAACCAACCAGUUCUUGAAAUGUCAUUUUUCAAUUUUGUGAUCAUGUAAUUUCAAAUUGUUUGGUCAUGUAGACUAUCACAAUGUGUUUCAAAACAAGUGUCUCAUCAGCAGGUGUUUAUAAAGAUAUAGGUCAUGAAAAGUUAAAAAAUAAAAAUUGAUAUAUUUCAACACAAUUCUUGCACUAAUUGAAUUAUACUGGAUAAGAUUGCACCAGCUGGAAAUCUCUUACUAGGUUUAGGUCUAUGGUUGUCCUUGUACAAUCACUGGUAUUUACUGCAUAUGGUUUUUAUCGUCUGUUUUGAUGACCCACUUUUUAAAAUACCUGAUAAUCACAUAUAUGUAGUAGGAAUGACACUUGUCUUGAAUCAUGUAACGGUGAUGGUUUUAGUAUUUAGUGAAUAAUUUUUGAACUAUUUUCAAUAUUAUUACCAUUUUCAAGGCUAUUAUAACCAUAAAUUUAUCACUAAUUUUAAGUAUCAUUACAGUUUUUAUACUUAACAUUUAUUUACGUUAUUGUUCAAUAUAAUCACUUUCUAGUGUAGUAAAAUAGAAUUUCUGUAACAAAUAUGUAUGCAAAAUAAACAACAAACAAAAUAAAUAAAAAGUCAGUUAAAAGCUAAACUGUUUUUAAUCUAAAAUAAAUACUGAGUUUUAUCCUCCUAAAUUAAUAAAUUAUAACUGAAAACAUACACACGAUUAUGCAAAACUGUAUAUUGAUUAUAAUUAAUUGUUCAUUCAGUCAUGAAUAAAUACAGCAACUGUGAGUGACAGUUAUAUGUUAUAUUCUAUAGUCAUUAAGUGUGAUUAAUUUUUAUUCAAGAUAUGAAUUUUCCUAUAUUUUCACCUUAAUCAUAUCUUGAGUAGCAAUAUAUAGUUUUAGGUUUACAGCUUUUGACCUAUGAAAUCUUGUAAUUUUUAGAUAUCUUGUAUAAAAAUGUUCUUAUGAUUUCAUUUAGUGUUAAUCGUUAGCUUUUUUAUAGUAGAUUAUAUUUUUAAAGUAGAUUCAUUCCGUUUUCAGUAUUCCUUUCUUGUGAUAGAAAGUGUGACGUGACGUUGACUAGAUUAAGAUGUGAUAAUAGCGUGUUUUUGUAUUACAUCUUUAUAUUGCGCAUUAAAUUAUUUGUUUUUAUGUAAAUUUUACACUACUGUGUUCAUAUAGUAGGAAUGACGUCAGCUUGUUCCAGUUUGAGAUUUUCAUUUUCUGUAGUAUUUAAGACGAUUAAAUGUAUGAAUAAAUUAUCUGAUAUUGGGA